AUUGAGGGAAUAAUAAGCCAGUGCUGGAUACAGAGGCGUGGUGCAUUCACUGUUCUGUGUGUAGUGUACUCUGGAUACAUCCUGUGCAGCUGCACCUCCUAACCCCAACCUUGGACUGCACCCCAUGAGUAGCUGCAAGCCAGGGGAGCCUGUGAGUGCAAGGACCCCCAGUCUCUACAGAGGAGCUGCUUCAGCAACAAAGAGAUGGCAGAAGGCCGACACUGCAAGGUGCACCUGUUGGACGACCGCAAGUUGGAGCUACUGGUGCAGCCGAAGCUGUUGUCCCGUGAGCUGCUGGACCUGGUGGGCUCACACUUCAAUCUGAAGGAGAAGGAAUAUUUUGGGAUUUCAUUCAUGGACGACACGGGUCAGUACGCCUGGCUGCAGUUAGAUCAGAGAGUGCUGGACCACGACCUGCCAAAGAAAUCUGGCCCCGUCACCCUGUAUUUUAUUGUAAGGUUUUACAUUGAAAGUAUAACAUUUCUGAAGGAAAUCACGACGGUGGAAUUGUUUUUUCUGAAUGCAAAAGCUUGUGUGUUCAAGGGGCAGAUCGAGGUGGACAGCGAAACCGUCUUUAAGUUGGCUGCGCUCAUUCUGCAGGAGGCUCGGGGAGACUACAGUAGUGAUGAAAAUGCAAGAAAAGAUCUGAAGAUUCUGCCAGCUCUGCCCACCAGGACGCUACAGGAACACCCGUCACUUACCUACUGUGAGGAUCGAGUAAUCGAACAUUGCAAGAAGUUAAAAGGUGUCACUAGAGGACAAGCCAUAGUGCGGUACAUGAAAAUAGUGGAAGCGCUGCCUACAUAUGGUGUUCAUUACUACAAAGUAAAGGACAAGCAAGGAAUCCCCUGGUGGCUGGGAAUUAGCUACAAAGGAAUUGGACAGUAUGAUAUUCAAGACAAGAUAAAGCCCAGGAAGCUAUUUCAGUGGAAGCAGCUUGAGAAUUUGUACUUUCGAGAAAAGAAAUUUGCAGUGGAAGUUCAUGAUCCCCGCAGAAUAUCUGCAUCAAAAAGAACCUUUGGACAGAGCGGUUUUGUGGUUCAGACCUGGUAUGCAAACAAUUUCCUGAUCAAGUCCAUAUGGGUGAUGGCAAUUAGCCAACAUCAAUUCUACUUGGACAGAAAACAAAGCAAAGCCAAAAUUGCGACCGCCCGUAGCCUGGACGAAAUUGCUAUGGAUCUGACGGACAGCAGCACUAGCAGAAUUUCCAAAAUGAUAGACGGAAAAAAUCCAGUGAUCAUGGCCAGCAGCGGUAGCCUAAUCUCUUCAGGUUCCAUAGACUCUGAAGUCAGCGAAGAGCAGAAAACGGAGAAAAUUCAAGAACUGAAGAAAAAGGAAAAGGAUUUACAAGACGUUCUCCUGAAAAAGAUCGAAGAACUUAAGAAGAUAUGUAUGAGAGAGGCGGAACUAACUGGGAAGCUGCCAACUGAGUACCCGCUGAACCCCGGUGAGAAGCCCCCUAAUGUCCGAAGACGAAUGGGCACCACCUUUAAACUGGAUAAUAAUAUUCUCCAUUGUGAAGAGGAAUCCGACUUACAGAAUUUGGAGCACAAGUUCCUCAUACAACAACAAAUGGUUGAAGCAACAAAAAAACUUUUGUUGGAGCCUGACCUCGCAAAGAAUGUUAAGAGGAAGAGGAAGCAGGAUUAUAGUGAUGCCAUAAAGAGACUACAGGACAUAGAGAGUGCGAUCAAUGAAUACAGGAUCAAGAGAGGGAAAGACCCAACCAAGAGGGCCUCUCUUCUCCUACAAGAUGAUAUCAUCCCAUCAGAAAGCAGCUCCUUGUCCGAUACAACCACAUUUGAUGAUGAUGACUCACUCUACCUACAAGGGCAAAGACCCAGUUCCUUGCAGAAUUCCCCCAAGACCCGACUUCCGAAAGACAGAAGCCUUAACAGAAAAUCCUCCCUCAAUGAACAGUUUUCAGACAUGCGCCUCUCAGGUCACAGAGAACCUACUUCAACACACAGCAGCCCGUACAAGACUGCCGAGCGGAAGCCUCACGGGGGCAGGAGCAUGCCUUCCACUCCUGUGCUAACACGAAACGCCUACAGCAGCAGCCAUCUCCAGAAUGAAGGAGUAAGCCAUAACGGCCGUCAGCGGCGGGGAAGCUUAGAAUCCCACACCCCUCUCAUUGUGGAUUCUGUAGAUGGAAGUACAACAUUCUCCAUCUCCAAGAGUCAAAGAAGCAACAGCACAGAGGUUCUGGAUGAUGGCUCUUCUUACACCAGCCAGUCUAGCUCAGAGUAUCAUAGCACGCCGCCAAAACAGAACUACUCUUAUACCACCCAGACCCUGGACAAUCGCCCCCGAGAUAGAAGGCGUCACAAGAAGCAAAACUUCUCUGCAGCAAACUCUGGAAGUAUGCCAAACCUGGCACACAAAGACGCACGAAACGGCGUUUAUCAAACCCCCCAGAACCAACCAUCCUCCAGCUAUUACAUCACCGGCUAUUCAGCCUAUCACGAUAGCGACCCCUACUACAACGGCGGCUACAUUUAUGAAAACGAUACAGAAGGCCAGUAUAGUGUUAACCCCUCAUAUCGAUCGUCCAUGCACUAUGGCUACGACCAGUACAUGAGGUAUGAUGCCGACCAGUAUGUGCCUCUCAGUGCAUAUGCAACGUUAAGGCUUCCGAAAAAGAAACCUGUAAAGACUACACAGCAGAUCACCAAGAACAUUAACAAGGCCAUUGUGGCCGAGCAUUUACGGGGAUGGUACCAAAGGGCAGCGUUCAAUAAAGAUGGCACUCACGGAAUGGUUGAAUCCGAGCGGGGGUCACAGAGGAGCCUCUGUUAUGCUUCUAUGCAAGUUCCCUCAUCUCCUAGCAUCAGGCCUCCAUCUUGUUCAUCCGUGUCUUCCACGAGCACAGCAGGGAGUCGGUGGGCACACAGCAGCACACUGGUUUACCCAAACACCGUACCUCACGCCUCAUAUGCUGGCUACUCCACUGCUUAUAGCAGCACGCCUCUGCCUAGCAGAACUUUCCACACGUAUACUCCCCAGAUGGACAACCCAGACGUCGUCCCACUAAGUGACGGCCCUCUCCCGGACACCGAAGACAUCUUAUGGCAUGAAGACUCCAAACCCGGCACCUUAGUAUGAAGCGACUGACUCGCCAUACUUUACCCCACCCUCCACUUAUCACCUCAUGUGCCUUGCAGUGAGAGCAUCGAUAUUGCAAAAUCCGCCAUAGCCUGAUCGGCUGGAGUAUCGGCACUGGGAUGCCGCCGGGAAAACCAGUUAACUUUCUACGACUGACAAGGCACAGUCUACCGGCUUAUAAAACAGGCACUUGGUUUUAUAAAGGAACUUAUCAAUAGCACUUUUUUUUUGUAAACUUUUUUUUAAAAUAACUGUGAAGACAACUAGUGGCUGAAAUGGUGUACUGCAGCAGGAGAAAAGCUCAAAAACGGAACGGAUAACACUUUACAGUCAGUAUUGGACCAUUGAUAUGAAGGAUUAUAACAAGAAGGCAACGCCAUGUCUCAAAUAAAAUCCAAUGCUUCCAAAAAGUUAAAAACCGACCCUAAAAAUCUGUAUAUAUGAAGAUGUGUAUAUAGGUUUUCUUGACUACUUUUUAUCGGCAUUGUAUGUUUUUUUAUAUAUAUAUUCUCCUAAUACUUUGCUUACAGAGCUCGAUGAAUGAAUGAUAAUUUCUUAUGGUACAGCUUGGUUUUUAGAAAUGAUCACCAAUUGGAUCUUGUUUUUUUUAUAUCUAUAUAUGCAUAAUGGUUGUAAUCUGCUGGUCAGGUGUCACUUAUAUCUUUUUAUUAUUUUCUAAUGGAACAGUUGUGGAACAGGAGGAUUUUUGUGUGCGUGGAUGGUACGGGUGGAGAUUAGAGAUGAGCGAAUUUCAUAUUUUGAAAUUCGUUCACGCUUCGUUUGGUGGUAAAAGCAGAAUUGCGUUAUAGAUUCUGUUACCACGGACCGUAACGCAAUUCUAUGACGGAAUGCA